AUGCCUUCUCCAUCCAACCUCUAUCUGUUGGCCUACAACUCUGCUCAGUCCAUUGCAUGGGCAGUCGGUCUCUAUCUAAGCUUGAGCAGUGUGCUGGCCACCAAGACUCUCAAUGGUGCCUAUGCUUCUGCUGGAUGGCUCAUCUAUUUGUGCCAGCAGAUGGCUGCGUUCUUGGAAGUUGUACACGGAGCCGUUGGUCUGGUGCCGAGCGGAGUGUUGAUUCCUUUAAUGCAAUGGGCUGGGAGGACAAACUGUAUGUUUGUAAUGCGUCAAACCCAUGAGGUCCAAGAGUUUCCAGCAGUCCUGAUAAUUUUUGUUGCAUGGAGCAUAAAUGAGAUUAUUCAAUAUCCAACCUACGCUUUGAAUUGUAUUGGGAGUUGUCCAACUUGGCUGACCUAUCUCAGGUACUCUGCAUUCCUUGUAUUGUAUGCUCCUGGGAUGGGUGGUGAAACCUGAAUCAUGUACCAUGCACUUCCAUUUAUAAAGAAGUACUCCUUUGGCUAUUAUAGUUUUCUGAUGGUUGUGCUCUUCUGCUACCCUUUCCUCUGUUUAAAAGUUUACUUGCAUAUGGUUAAGCAAAGGCGACCAAAGCUGGGUAAACAAGACAAGAAGAAGAAGAGGUGAAGUAUCUCAGGACACCAAUUUCUAAUGUAUUCAGGACCAUGUACUGCAUAUAGAGGGGGGCUUGCCAAUGGCUUUAUAUUAAAAUUCUUGUAUGCAUCUAUUGCUUGAUUCAAUGAUUCACCAUUUGCCCGUCUACUUUGGAGUUUGGAGUCUAAUAUU